UUCCCUUUCUUUACCCUCUCAGUUUCAAUUUAGGGUUUACGAGCACCCUCUUCCGGCCGCGCCAGUACCGCCGUCUUCCUCCUCCACCCGACGCCAUGCCGCAAGGAGAUUACAUCGAGCGACACAGGAAGCUCCAUGGCUACCGCCAUGACCACUUCGAGCGCAAGCGCAAGAAGGAGGCUCGUGAAGUCCACAAGCGCUCUGCCAUGGCCCAGAAAGCUCUGGGUAUCAAGGGUAAGCUCUUCGCGAAGAAGCGAUAUGCGGAGAAGGCUCUCAUGAAGAAAACGUUGGCAAUGCAUGAAGAGUCCUCAAGUAGGCGCAAAGUGGAUGAUGAUGUUCAUGAAGGAGCAGUUCCUGCUUAUCUUCUUGAUCGUGACACUACUACAAGAGCUAAGGUGCUUAGCAACACCAUAAAACAAAAAAGGAAAGAGAAAGCUGGAAAGUGGGAAGUUCCUUUGCCCAAGGUUAGGCCUGUUGCUGAAGAUGAGAUGUUCAAAGUGAUCAGAACUGGAAAAAGGAAGACCAAACAAUGGAAGAGGAUGGUCACAAAAGCCACAUUUGUUGGCCCUAGUUUCACCAGAAAACCUCCGAAGUAUGAGAGGUUCAUCCGUCCCUCAGGGUUGCGUUUCAACAAAGCCCAUGUUACACAUCCGGAAUUGAAGUGUACCUUCAAUCUUGAGAUAAUCGGAGUUAAGAAAAACCCUAAUGGUUCAAUGUAUACAUCUCUGGGUGUUCUGACCAAAGGAACCAUCAUUGAGGUCAAUGUGAGUGAACUUGGUCUUGUUACACCAGCCGGGAAAGUUGUUUGGGGGAAGUACGCCCAAGUGACGAACAAUCCUGAGAACGAUGGUUGUGUAAAUGGAGUUCUGCUUGUAUGAUGCUCGUGGCUGCUGCAGUUCCAAUUUUGUUCGUCCUAUGAUGCUAUACUUGGUUCAUUGGACCAAGGCGAUAGUUUUUGUAUUAACAAUUUCUGAUCAUUUAUGUAUUGAAUUCAUGUCAACCUCAAAUCUCGCAAAUGAGAAAAUCCUCCCCAGUAGUCUUAGAAUUGAGUGAC